UGACCACGCCCCGCCGCACCUGCGACAGGUGGAGCGCGCGGCGCCUGGCGCUUGGCAAUGGCCGCGGCGGGCGCGGGGCCGCAGCCCGAACCGGGGCCGGCGCCAGGGUCCGAGCCUGGCGCGUUGUGCCCUGAGCACGGCCAGACUCUCGGCUGGUUCUGCAGCUCGGAGCGGCGGCCAGUGUGCGCCGCCUGCGCGGGCCCGGGCGGCCGCUGCAGGGAACACCGCGUCCGCCGGGCCGACGAGCACGCGGAGAAGCUGCGGAACAAGAUUGUGGACCAGUGUGAAAGGCUGCAGUUGCAGAGUGCUGGCAUCACCAAGUAUGUGGCUGAGGUUCUACUGGGGAAGAACCAACAAGCAGUGAGCACAGCCAGUGCGGCCAGGGAACUGGUUAUCCAGCGGUUGAGUGUGGUGAGGAGUGUUUGCGAGAGCGAGGAGCAGCGGUUGCUGGAACAGGUGCACGGCGAAGAGGAGCGGGCCCACCAGAGCAUCCUGACACAGCGGGCACACUGGGCCGAGGCCCUGCAGAAGCUCAACACCAUUCGCACCAGCCUGGUGGACAUGCUUACCCAUCUGGAUGACCACGAGCUGAUUAAAGAGCAGGAGAUUUUUGAAAGGACUGAAGAAGCAGAGGGCAUUCUGGAUCCCCAGGAAUCUGAAAAGUUAAACUUUAACGAAAAGUGCACCUGGAGCCCACUACUGACCCAACUCUGGGCAACAGCAGUUCUUGGGUCCCUCUCAGUAGGCACAGAGGAUGUACGCAUUGAUGAGAGGACCGUCAGCCCCUUCCUGCAACUGUCAGAUGAUAGAAGGACCUUGACUUUCAAUGCCAAGAAGACCAAGGCCUGUGCAGAUGGCCCAGAACGCUUUGACCACUGGCCCAAUGCCCUGGCUGCCACCUCUUUCCAGACUGGGCUGCAUGCCUGGUUGGUGAAUGUCCACAACAGUUGUGCCUAUAAAGUGGGUGUCGCCUCAGGCCAACUGCCCCGCAAGGGUCCUGGCAAUGACUGCCGCUUGGGCUACAACGCCUUCUCCUGGGUCUUCUCCCGUUACGAUCAGGAGUUUCGCUUCUCACAUAAUGGGCAGCACCAGCCCCUGGGGCUGCUGCGCAACCCGGCCCAAUUGGGUGUGCUUUUGGACUUGGAGGCCAAAGAGCUGCUCUUCUAUGAUCCAGCUUCUGGUACCGUGCUCUAUACCUACCACACUGUCUUCCCCACGCCUCUCUUCCCAGUCUUUGCUGUGGCUGACCAGACCAUCUCCAUUGUCCACUGACCUCUGGCCACAGAAAGGCCAACUACAUGUCCCUACUGCCCUUUCAAGUCAAGCCACAUUUCCACCCAGUGUCCUUUUCCCAAAUGAUGUGUGUGAUGUUUCUACAGAAAAGAUGGCCCAUGCUUGAUGAGCAGAUUUAGGUGCUAUGGGAAAUCUGUUUGACUGGGCACAAUCUUUAAAUGCCAGCCAUCUGUGCAGAACUUGCUGCUCCCUGCCCCUUUGUCUCCGAAAUCCACCACGAUUCUGCCCCUCCGGCAUCCAGCACAGGGCCUGGGGCAUAGUGGCUGUGCAAUAAUUAUUAGGUAAGUGAAAAGAAGGAUGGGUGGACAGACAGGUAACUGGGCAGAUGUGGUAGUUUCUAGAGAAGCACUUUAGCCCCGACCCUGAGCUUUGUGUGUGUGGAAAUGGUCCUCUGCAGAGAAGCCUGUGGCUGGUUUCUUUAUCCUCUCAGUUCAGUGCUUAUCAGUCUUGUUCAUGACACCCGCAUAGGGAAAAUAUUUUUCUAGCCACACAAACACAACCUAGAAGGGACACAAUGAUUAGACUGCACCUGCCAGAAGAUUCUGGCCUGGCAGUGCCAUAUCCCACUCUGGUUCCUGCCCUAGCACUCAGAAGACAGAAGGACCCUAUCUCCAGGUACCUGACUGCACCCCAGCCAUGGGCAUCUGUCCUUCAGGCUGAGGGCCAGCUGUCCCCACCUGAAAUAAGGGGAACUGCCUUCCUACUGUGGCUAUGCUCCCCACUGUAGCCUCUCAGACCUAAAGUGAAGGCCUGAGUGAGGGCUUCCAACCAGAAAGUACUGACAAGUACGAGGGAACAAGGAACAUGAACAUUAUUAAAGGGCUUAAGAAACUGA